AUGGCUGGCCGAUUUCCGUCUCUGACGACACGGGUGUCGCAGCUCUCUAUCAGUUCCAUCACUGCGCCCACUCGCUCGUCUCUCCUCUCCUUGCUCGCUCCUCAAUUCCAUCAACAACAAACCCGCAAUGCCUCCAUCCUGAGCUCCAUUUCCGAUAACCCCGGUGCAUACAACAAACGAAUUCGAAGAGGUCGCGGUCCCGCCUCUGGAAAGGGUAAGACGUCUGGAAGAGGUCACAAGGGUCAAAAGCAGCACGGAAAAGUGCCGUAUGGCUUCAAUGGUGGUCAAACGCCCGAGAGCAUUGUGCAUGGUUCAAGGGGAUUUACCAACUACUGGUCUACUGACCUCAUAACCGUCAACCUCGACAAAAUCCAAGAAUGGAUCGACCAAGGCCGCAUCGACCCCAAAUACCCAAUCACAGUCCGCGAACUCUUCCACUCCAACUGCGUGCACCAAUUUCGCGACGGCAUAAAAUUGCUCGCUCGCGGUAAAGAAGAAGGCCUCAAACAACCCAUCCACAUCAUCGUUUCACGUGCCUCUGCAGAUGCCAUUGCCGCCAUUGAAGCGGCCGGCGGAUCCGUCACAACCCGAUUUUAUACAAAUGCAUCUAUAAAAAGGAUCUUGAUGGCGAAGACGCAUCCGUUCUACUCGCUGGCCUGGUCGGAGAAGAGCGGUAGUGAGUUCCUCAUCAAGGCUUUGGGUGCUGCAAACGAGCAGGAAGCGGCAGAGUUGAAGGAGUCGAAGGUUAUGGAGCGAGGAAAUUUUACGUAUCGUCUCCCGGACCCUACGCACAGAAAGGAUAUUGAGUAUUAUCGUGACCCUGCACACAGAGGAUAUCUGAGUCAUUUGGUCAAACCGAGUGAGGGACCCAGUUUGUUCUUCUUGUCACCCGCAGAGAGGAAAUCGUCGGCUGGUGUCAAGAAGGAGAAGACUUUGGCGCCGAAUAGGCUUUGGUAG